CUCAGUUGUUUGACGACAUCGCGAGCGAUCGGUUGUGGUUGUUUGUUUAUCCGGUUUUAUACUCUCGCCGCCGUCAGUUCGAGUAAUCUCCUCCUCCGACGAUCAGGUUCGCACGUCAUCGCCAGACGUGUUGUUCGAUUGAUUAUUUGCAAAUAAUACGAAUAAAAAGUACGGGUACAAAAACCUAGUAUCUAUAAUUCUUUACCAACAAAGACCAACAAAAUAAUCGGGAAUGACGGCGAACAUAUCGAAGAGCCCGCGCCCGCUGAAAAUAACCAUCGUGGGCGAUGGUAUGGUGGGCAAAACCUGCAUGCUGAUAACCUACACACAGAACGAGUUUCCCGAGGAGUAUAUACCCACAGUGUUUGAUAAUCACGCCUGCAACAUAGCCGUUGACGAUCGGGAUUAUAAUCUGACCCUCUGGGAUACUGCCGGGCAGGAGGAUUACGAAAGAUUACGACCUCUGAGCUAUCCAAAUACAAACUGUUUCCUGUUGUGCUAUUCGAUCAGCAGUCGCACCUCGUUCGAGAACGUGAAGAGCAAGUGGUGGCCGGAGAUCCGUCAUUUCUCCGCCCACGUUCCCGUGGUGCUGGUGGGCACCAAGCUGGACUUGCGCAUCCCCAACUCGGAGAAGUUCGUGACCACACAGGAGGGAAAGCGACUGCGCAAGGAGAUUCACGCCUCCAACUUGGUCGAGUGCUCGGCCAAGAAGAAGCAGAACCUGCAACAGGUCUUUGAGGAGGCAGUCCGAGCUGUUGAGAGGAAACCAAAGACGUCGCCCAAGCCAUCGUGCACAUUACUGUGAAUUAAGUUUAUGCCUAAUGUUUAAUAUUGUUAUUAUGCGUAAUGUAUUAUGUUACUAAUUCGUCUGAUUAUUUGUGCUUUGUUUUUCGCAAAAAAGGAAACUGUGUAGAAAAUUUAACGUUAAGAGCUUAUGUUUUAAGUGCCAAUUGUGUAAACACCGUAUGUUUUACAUUCAACCAAAGGGCAUUACUUGUAAAAAGGAAAAAUAAAAAUAAUACUAAAUGAAAAGAUUAUACAUAUUAAAUGAUAAGAAACUGAAUUUAAAUCUAUAUGGCAAGCAAGCAAAUCCAUUGUAUAUUUCAAUAAAACCCUAGUCAAUAAUAA